UUUUUAUUUCAUUCAAGGCUUUUGAUUAUGUAGAAAUGAAUUCCGUAAUAAAUCCUCCACGAGAAAGAUUCGAUAAAGAUCGGAAUGCUGAUGAAGUGUCAGUAACGACUGAGGCAGCUAGAUUUGUAGUUAUAGAAGACGAAUCACAUGUGACAACUGUUGAACUAAUUACUCUUGCACACACUACGGAUAUUUCAACUUCUAACAUAACUACAAUGCAAAUGACAACCACGCUGCCGUUUUCAUAUGCUGCUACAACAUAUAAUAAGACGGUAGAUUAUAACAUCACAUUCAACAAUCUGACGACAGUGCAAACGCCAUAUGAAGUACCCUUCUCAUACGCAGCAAUUAUAGUCUCUGCGGUUUUGCUGAUACCUAUGGCUGUUUUUGGACUUUUGGCAAAUCUAAUUACACUGAUCGUUAUAGCGAAAUCAAAAACAUUGAAGUCACUUUUCAAUCAUCUUUUAUUCAGUCUUUGCCUCUCAGACAUGUUAUCAGCGUUGUUCAGUCCCUUGCCACUUUAUCGUCAAACUUGGGGGUUUGAGAAAUGGUUACUGACUCAACCUUUGUGUAAGUGUUCCUUCGCUGUCGACGGGCUGACGACUUACGUGACAACGAUUCAUAUUUUGCUCUUCGCAACAUUUCGAUUGAUUUCCAUAAAAUGGCCGAUUUCUUUCAAGAAGGUUUCUAUUAGGCAAAUAAGGAUUAUCAUAGUAUGUGUAUGGAUUCUUGGUUUCGCAUGUGCCUUCGUACCAUACUGGCUCAUGUUCAAAGGCGUCCAUAGAGAACGGAACAGCAACAAUCCGGAUGCAAAUUGGUCACACUGCUCUCUGGAUCCUGCUUGGAUCAACGAAUUCAUCACCUACUAUAAAAUAUCGUAUCCAAUUUUCAUAUAUUUUCCUAUGGCAUCUAUCAUAAUAAUAUGUCCUGCAAUAGGAAUCGUUAUUAAACAACGAAGAUUCAAAUCAAGAACAGACAAAUUGGGGGCCAAGAGUAAAUGGUUCUUCUUGUGUAACGACAAGUCGCCUGAUCCAGAUUCGGCUCUUUUAUCACACCAUCACACAAAAAUGACCCUUGGCAUACCAAGUCAAGCAAAUACUGAAGAUAAAGAGUCAGAGAGGCGUUUGAGGAAAAAAGAACGAAACGCCAUUUUGCAAUUAGCUUUUAUAACGGGAUCCUUUCUUAUGGGAUACGUUCCCAACACAGCGCACGUGGUUUAUACAACAAAUGUUGCGUUGGAAAACAUGUCGUUGCGAGUAUUAGAAUGGAACUUAUACAUGUUGGGAUAUAUCUUUUUAAGAUUUUCAGAAUGCCUGAAUCCGAUUUUUUAUAAUCUUGCUUCCAGUAAAAUGAGGAAAGAAUCAAAAAAAUUUCUUAAAUCUUGCUUUGGAUGCAAGCCGUGUCAAGAAAUGGAUUGCGGCGGAGUGGCGUCAGGCUCAAGUCAGGGACAAUCAAGUGGAUCAUCCAACGGAGUAAGAACUACCAAUGUCGUUUUAUGAAAAGUGAAUAGACAACAUCCAGAUGAAGUGAGAAUUGAAUGUUCUUGUACCUCAAGUAAUUUAUUUGCAUGACCGAAGAGGUAGAACGAAAGGAAUGUUUUAUUUACUGCACAAACGUCAUUUAAUUAGCUUUUGAUAUAAGUGGGAAACGAUAGUGAUCUUUUUGUAUGUUCGAUAUUUUAGCAUACAACAGCAAUACUGCUGAAAUUUGUGAAUAUAAAGUAUGAAAGUUUGAUUUUUUUUUUUACAUAUUUAUUGCUUGUGAUAAAAAUAAAAAAUAUGA